CGAGGGCUUGGGAAGCCAGAUCUCCGGUGGGAGAAGCUCCGGUCCUAUCGGACCUGGUCUCGCGCUUCCUUUUCUCUCUUGUUCUUCUCUUCCUUCUCCCAGCGGACAAGCUCUCUUCCUUCUCCCAGCGGACAAGCAACGAGAGAGAUAAGGGCGAGGGAGGGAGGAGAUGGGGGCCGAGGAGAAAGGCUGGAAUCCGGCGGCGGCCAUGGCGGAAGAGAGAGAAGUGGGAGGUGGAGCUCCGGAGGGGCGGCGGAAGGAGAAGGAGAAGGAUGGCGUUACGGCGAUCCCUUCGUCUACGAAGGAGAUCGAUAUCUCCCUCUCGCUCCCCGAAAUGAAGCCUCGGAUCAUAGAUCUAUGCAAGGAUUUGUUUAGGAAAUGGUCUUCUCUGGACAACUCAUGUUUCUCCAUUGAGACAGUUUCUGGCGGUAUCACAAAUCUCUUGCUCAAGGUCUCUGUGAGAGAAGAAAGUGGCAAUUCCGUUUCUCUGACUGUUCGAUUGUAUGGUCCAAAUACGGACUUCGUGAUUGACCGUGAGAGAGAACUGCAGGCCCUACCCUAUCUCUCAGCCGCUGGAUUUGGUGCUGAAUUGCUAGGAAUUUUUAAAAAUGGCAUGGUUCAGUCAUUCAUCAAUGCUCGUACACUUUCACCCUCAGACAUGAGUAACCCUAAAAUAGCUGCUGGAAUUGCUAAGCAACUUCAGAAAUUCCAUCAGGUGGAGAUACCAAGUUCUCGAGAACCACAACUGUGGAAUGAUAUUUUCAAGUUCUUAGAAAAAGCUGCGGUAUUAACAUUUGAUGACAGUGAGAAGCAGGCCAAGUAUGAAAAAAUUUCAUUUAAAGAAAUUCAUGAUGAAAUUUAUGUGCUCAAGGAUCUGACGGACCUUCUAAAUGCCCCGGUGGUCUUCGCCCACAAUGACUUACUUUCUGGGAAUUUGAUGCUAAACGAUGAAGAAGAGAAACUUUACUUCAUAGAUUUCGAGUAUGGGUCUUACAGCUACAGAGGCUACGACAUUGCAAAUCACUUCAACGAAUAUGCAGGCUUUGACUGUGACUACAGCUUGUAUCCAGAUAAGAAUGCACAAUACCAUUUCUUCAGGAGUUACUUGCAACCUAAUAAACCGCAUGAGGUACACGACAAAGAUCUUGAAACCCUUUACAUUGAAACAAAUACCUUUAGGUUAGCAUCACACAUUUACUGGGCUCUAUGGGCUCUCAUCCAGGCGAAGGUGUCCCCAAUUGAUUUUGACUACCUCUGGUACUUCUUCCUUCGCUACAAUGAGUACAAGAAACAGAAGGAAGGUUGCCUCUUGAUGGUACGAAAAUACCUCUCUGGAUCGGGCAUUUGUUGAAGCAUCAGCUCCCCUCCAUUGCAUUCCUUGUUUAACCAAUCGCAGAGAACUCACGGCUUCCCUGUUGUACUGUACAAUAUAAUUUUUUUUUCUUUUGUAGCUGAAAGGGUGCGAGUUCAACAAGCCUAUCAUAGCUACUGAUUCCUUUUAAAUUCUUCUUGUAUCCUGAAAUAGAAUGUGUCAUGUCGGUGAUAGGAUCACCCAUAUUAUUGGAUCAAUUAACAUUAGAGUUCAUUUCAAUUAUUGUAUUCCUUUCCGUGAUUAUUCUCAGUAAUAUUUUUUUUCUGUUUUCCA